GUCUCCCUAUAAAACACCUGAUCUAACUCAUCAGUGUGUUAGUUUGUUAUUAGAGAAAUAUCCAACAUUCUGGAAGGAAGCUGAUGAGCUGAAUUUUAAAUAAAUAAAACAUCCUGAGAGGGGUGCCACGUAGGACUGGUUUGCUCGAGAAUUUCACAUCCUGAAGAAAACGAAUGUUUGCUUUUCCUGCUUUUCUUCUUGGACUAAUACAGUAAUUCUCUCUGGUCUCAAACAUAAAGAUGGCCACACCUGAAGAGGAGUCUAUAAUAACGCCGGAUGACCCGGAGGAACUUGAAGAAUCCAUAUUUGCAAUGGGUCUUCCAUAUGUGCUAAACAAAAUCAAAAUUUACCUGAAACAGCAAAAUCUUGUAGAGCUUAAUGUUGGUGUGACAGGGGAGUCUGGAUCUGGAAAGUCCACCUUUGUCAAUGCUUUCAGGGGCUUAGGGGAUGAAGAUGAGGGUGCUGCCGUUACUGGUGUAGUGGAGACCACCAUGAUUCCUGAGGUUUACCUUCACCCAAAAAGCAAAAAUGUAAAAGUGUGGGAUCUCCCUGCAAUAGGAAGACCAAACUUUAAAGCCAGCGAGUACCUUGAACAAGUUGAGUGUGAACGCUAUGAUUUUUUCAUCAUCAUUGCUUCAGAUCGAUUCAAAGAAUGUCACACCCAGCUGGCCAAAGAGAUCAUGAGAAUGGGGAAGAAGUUUUACUUUGUUCGUUCCAAGAUUGACUGUAGCAUUACUGCUGAAAAGAGGAAAAAGAACUUUGACCUGAAAAAGACGCUGGAUACCAUUCGAGAGGAUUGUAAAAAUGGGCUAAAAAUGUUUGGCAUUGAAAACCCUGAUGUCUUCUUGAUGUCUGGUUGGGAGAUGGGCAAGUAUGAUUUAAAUUUGCUGCAGGAGAGGAUGGAGAAAGAGCUUCCACAGCAUAAGAGACACGUGCUGAUGUUGGCUUUACCAAAUAUCACACUAGAGAUUAAUGAGAGAAAGAAGAAAGCUCUAGAGAAAAACAUACACAGAGUUGCCUUAAUAUCUGCUUGUGUGGCCGCGAUUCCUUUGCCUGGAUCUUCACUUGUAGCAGAUGUAGCUGGUCUAGCAGAUGAGUUAAGAAAAUAUUACAGUGCCUUCGGUCUGGAUAAUCCAUCUCUGCAGAAGCUCUGUAAAAGAUCUGGGAAGACGGUAGAGGAGCUGAAGAGUCUGAUGACGUCACCUCUACGUAAUGGAAUAAACACAAAGUUAAUAAUAUCCUUGCUGGGUACUGAAUCUAGUCUAAUAUUUAAAAGUGCUGUUAAUUUCGUUUUGGGUUUCUUCCCUAUUGUAGGCACUGUGGUGGCGGGGGGAAUGUCUUAUUCGACUGUCUUAAAUAUGCUGAAGACAGUACUAAAUGAGAUAGAAGAAGAUGCCAAGAAGGUGCUAAUGGUUUCUUUGAAGUGUGAAAUGUAAAUGCAUCAAUUAGACAGCUUGACAUAGAUAUCAACACAGAUCAAAGAUACCAGAAUUUAUAUAAUUAAUUAAAGGUUUACACUUUUUACAGUCUUAAUUAAUAGAAAAAUACAGGCACACAAAUUUUUAUAUAUAGCAAUGAUUGUUUAUAACAAUUUCAGUAGCAGUUGUUGAAACAAAAUAAUUUCCUUACUGCUAAUACUAUUUGUAUGCUAAUAGUGAUCCGAGUCAGAAGUUGAACAUUAUUUUAGAGAACCACAAAAUGUAUGUAUAUUACACAAUAUAUAUGGAGGCUUGAUAAUCACAUCUCUUAUUUAGACUUUAGAUAUAUAUGUCUUUUUGAUCUUGAAUCUUCUUUCUAAAUUGUGUUGAUGAUCAUUUUCAGAGGUUAUGAUCUGGGUCAAUGUAAGACCAGCAAAAUUAUUAUUUAAUUUUAUAAUGCUACACCAAUAGAAAACUGUUGCUAUGUGUAUGCUUUAAAAUCUUCUUCAGAACGCUUUUGGUUUCACAGACAGCUGGCACAUUGUAAACAAAUACUGAAGCUAGCCAUACAAUGCCAUCAGUGCAAGUAGGCCAUCAGUCAUAAAUAAAAAAGUGUCAAGAUAUAUGUCGAACACUGUCUCAGAUGGCCAUAAUGCAAAUACACAAUUCUGACAAUUGAAAACACUGUUUUAAAGUAACACGUGCCAUCAAAAUACACUGCAAAUUUUUUCGUUGUAAAUUCACAAUAAAUAAUUGGAUAAAUUUUGCAUGACUUUCACAGCAAGAAUUACAGCAAUGUACUGUGAAAUAUACUCACAGCAAUUUACUGUAAUGUUAUAUCUGUGAUAUUACAAUGCACUGAUGUAAAAGCACAACUGUAUACUGUAACUUCACAGCUUCAAUGGCAAAGCAAUUACUGUGAUAUUACAACACAUUACUGGGGAAUUACAAUCUUUUGCUGUAUAUCAUUACAACAAGGCCAUGUACUAUUGCAGUGUUUUCUGUGAAAGUAAUGUACAUGUUGACGAUAAUUUACUGUGAAAAUAAACGUUUACUUAGUAAAUUAAUUAGGUGAUGAUUUUUUACCAUUAUGUACCAACCACCACAGAAUUACAAUAUUAACUUUACAUGUUCAUAACAAAUGUGGUGUAUUAACACAAAGUUAAAACAACCAGGGGAAACACUA